AUGGAAAGCAAAGAUACAGCUACAAUCGUUGACGAGCAUUACGACUCCUGGUUUGUUCCAGGCCUCUCAGAUUUUGUGAGAGUUCCCAAUCUAACCAUGAUGGCUGACAAUAACUUCGCUACUAAUGGACUUAUUCAACAAGCUAUGGAAUGUGUUGACAACUAUAUUAACAAGCUAGAUGUAUAAGGAUUAAAGAGACACGUUUUCCACCCAGAGGGAUCAAAUCCAUUAGUAGUCUAUGUUAUUGAUGGAAGCGAAGGUGCUACUAGAAAUGUCAUGCUCUAUGGUCAUUUGGACAAACAACCAUGGGGUGCUGGUUGGGAAGAGGGUCUUGCCCCCAAUGAUCCUCAAAUCAGAGGAGAUUACAUGUACGGUAGAGGUUCCUCAGAUGAUGGAUAUUCAGCAUUUGCAACCAUGCUUGCAGUUAAGUCAAUUCAACUAGCUGGUGGAAAACUCCCCAGAGUAGUAUUAGUACUUGAAACUGAAGAAGAGUCAGGCAGUCCAAAUCUUAUCCCACUCUUAAAUUUAGCAGAGGAUGUUAUUGGCAAGCCAGAUGCCUGCUUCUGUAUGGAUUCAGGAGCUUUAGAUUAUGAUUAACUUUGGUUAACUUCAUCACUCAGAGGAGUCUGCAAUGUUGAUCUUACUAUUGAAGGAGGAAAAGUUGGAUAUCACAGUGGUGAGACCGGAGGAAUUAUUCCAGAAACCUUCAGAGUUGCAAGAGCUCUUCUUAACAGAUUAGAUAACUGCGAUACUGGAAGAGUGACAGAAGAUCUUUAAGUGCCUGUUCCAGAUUUCAAGUAACAAGAGGCUGAUAGUCUUUCUGAGAAGUAUGGAGACAAAUUAUUCAAGAAGUAUAAUCUUAAUGAAGGUGUUCAAUAUAUAAACGAAGACAAUAUUCCAGAACUCUACUUGAACAAGGUGUGGAGACCAAAUCUUUCAAUUACUGGUGCUGAGGGUCUUCCUCCCAUUGCAGCUGCUGGAAACGUCCUCAGACCAAAGACCACAAUCAGAUGCUCAAUGAGACUUUGCCCAGCCUUCGACGCUCACGAAGCUGAGAAGAUUAUUACCAACAAAUUGACAACUGAUGUUCCCUAUAAUGCAAAGGUCACUGUAAGUGGUGGUCAUGCUGGUAAUGGAUGGUGUCAAAAGCAUCUAUAAGAAUGGCUUCACAACGCCCUCACUGAAGCUGGUCAUAAAUUCUUCGGUGGAAAAGACUACGGUUCUUUCGGAGAAGGUGGAAGUAUUCCUUUCCUCAAUGAACUCCAAAAGAAGUAUCCAGACACUCAAAUUGUAGCAAUGGGACUUGUUGGACCAGGAGCUAACAUUCAUGGACCUAACGAAAACAUUAACCUAGUUUAUGCGAAAAAAUUGGUAAAAACACUAGCUCAUGUCAUUAACCAAGCAGGCACUGUUUGA